GGAUAACUGAAAAGGAAAGAGGUGAGAAUGAAAACCCUAACUCCAAAAUAUCGCGAUAAAUAAAGAACCUCUCACAUCUGCAACUUCCGUUUAUAUCUCCAUCGAGAUUUUUCUCUGUUAACCUGAGCCCAGCAAGCAUUUCCGUAUAAUCAUGGUCCGAGAAAAAGAUGUCUGCUGGGAAUAUGCUGAGAAACUAGAUGGAAAUAAGGUUAGAUGCAAAUUUUGCCUGAGAGUUUUGAAUGGUGGCAUUAGUAGGUUGAAGCAUCAUCUGUCUCGCCUUCCAAGUAAGGGUGUAAAUCCAUGUAGCAAAGUAAGAGAUGAUGUCACCGAUAGGGUAAGGGCUAUAAUAGCGACCAAAGAGGAUGUCAAAGAAACAUCCAGUUCUAAAAAACAAAAGGUGGCAGAAAUAAAACCUCCUGGAAAUUUAUCUGCAAGUAAAUCUCUGAUACCUUUAGAGGUAGCAUCGCCGGUUUCUAAAGCUUUUCCUAGUAUUUCUACAAUGGCACUGUCCUCCUUAAGCAACCAAGAAAAUGCAGAGAGAAGUAUUGCUCUGUUCUUUUUUGAGAACAAGCUGGAUUUUAGUCUUGCCCGUUCGUCAUCUUACCAGGUGAUGAUUGAUGCAGUUGCAAAGUGUGGUCCUGGUUUUGCAGCUCCUUCAGCUGAAACAUUGAAGACUUCAUGGUUGGAGCGGAUCAAGUCUGAGGUAAGCCUACAAUUGAAAGAUGCUGAGAAAGAAUGGGCUACCACAGGCUGUACAAUAAUUGCAGACACAUGGACUGAUAACAAAUCUCGAGCUUUAAUAAACUUUUUGGUUUCCUCACCCUCGAGAACGUUUUUCCACAAGUCUGUUGAUGCCUCAUCAUACUUUAAGAAUACAAAAUGCCUCGCGGAUCUAUUCGAUUCUGUGAUUCAAGAAUUUGGUCCGGAUAAUGUUGUACAAAUCAUUGUGGAUCGUAGUUUUAAUUAUACUGGUAUUACAAACCAUAUCUUGCAGAACUAUGAAACCAUUUUUGUAUCUCCUUGUGCUUCUCAAUGUCUGAAUGAGAUUUUGGAAGAAUUCUCCAAGGUAGAUUGGGUGAACAGAUGUUUCUUACAAGCACAGACCAUAUCCAAAUUUAUAUACAAUAAUGCAUUGAUGCUUGAUCUAAUGAAGAAGUUCACCGGAGGGCGACUCAUUAGAACUGGUAUCACAAAGUCUGUUUCCAACUUUCUAACGUUGCAAUCAAUCUUGAAGCAUAGGACAAGGUUAAAACACAUGUUCAAUAGCCCUGAAUAUGCUACAAAUUCAUCAUAUGCAAGUAAACCACAGAGCAUAUCUUGCAUCACUAUUGUUGAAGACAAUGAUUUCUGGAGGGCAGUUGAAGAGUGUGUGGCCAUAUCUGCUUUUCUGAAAGUAUUGCGGGAAGUAUCUGGGGGGAAACCUGCUGUGGGCUCUAUAUAUGAGUUAAUGACCAAGGCCAAGGAGUCCAUAAGGACAUACUAUAUAAUGGAUGAAAACAAGUGUAGCACAUUUUUAGACACUGUUAAAAGGAAGUCAGAGGACCAACUUGAAUCUCCUCUACAUGCAGCAGCGGCUUUUUUGAACCCUAAUAUCCAAUAUAAUCCAGAAAUAAAACUUCCUUCGCGUAUAAAGGAAGAUUUUUUCAAGGUUUUGGAGAAAUUACUCCCAACACCUGAGUUAAGGCGUGAUAUCACCAAUCAAAUUUUCACUUUCACAAGAGCAAAGGGAAUGUUCGGUUGUAAUCUAGCAAUGGAAGCACGGGAUACAGUGCCACCAGGGCUCUGGUGGGAGCAAUUUGGUGACUCUGCACCGGUAUUGCAACGUGUUGCAAUUAGAAUAUUGAGUCAAGUGUGCAGCGGUUUUACUUUUGAGAGGCACUGGAACACUUUUCAACAAAUUCACUCUGAAAAACGCAACAAGAUCGAUAAGGAAAUACUGAAUGACCUUGUAUAUAUCAAUUACAACCUUAGGUUAGCGAGACAAAUGAAAACAAAACCUAUAGAAGCCGACCCCAUUCAACUUGACGAGAUUGAUAUGACUUCGGAGUGGGUAGAGGAGAGCGAAAACCCUGGCCCGACUCAAUGGCUUGAUCGGUUUGGCUCUGCAUUGGAUGGAAGUGACUUGAAUACAAGACAGUUCAAUGCUGCCAUAUUUGGUGCAACUGACCAUAUCUUUGGCUUGUGAUUUUGCAGGUACCAUCAACUGAUUUCUUUUUUGGUAAUCAGUAUAUACAUACAUGAUUUGUUUCUCCAUGUGUAGUUCUCUUUGUUGAUCUUAGUAAUGUGAAAGUAGGUUUGCAGCAAUGUUGUAAAGUAGUUUCAGGAAAAUAGUGUCAAGCAUAGUUGUACAAAAAUGAUGUAAACUAGUGUAGUACAAGUGAUGUAUCUAGAGAAUGAAGUUUGAUUUUAGAUAAAAA